UUCCAGACAAGAGCAAUCGAUCCAGAGCUAGCUGAACUCCUCCACCUCACAGGCGGUUGAGUUUGGAGCUAGUCUGUUGAAAUAGCUAGUGCUUAAUUUCGCUUUCACCAUGGCAACGUCUGUGAAGCUCAAUACCGGGGCAGAUAUGCCCAUCGUCGGACUGGGCACAUGGAAGUCUCCUCCAGGUAAAGUGGCAGAGGCUGUGAAGGCAGCCAUCGCUGCAGGGUACAGACACAUCGAUGGCGCCGCCGUGUACAACAAUGAAAUGGAGGUCGGAGAGGGAAUUCAGGCCAUGAUAAAAGAUGGUGUGGUUAAAAGAGAAGAACUUUUUGUGGUCAGCAAGCUCUGGUGCACCUUUCACGAGAAGGCCUUAGUGAAAGGAGCAUGCCAGAAGACUUUAGGUGACCUGAAGCUGGACUACCUGGAUCUUUACCUGGUUCACUGGCCAAUGGGCUUUAAGUCUGGGCCAGAUCAGUUCCCACUGGACAGUGAAGGGUUAACCAUUGGUGAUGACACCAGUUUCUUGGACACCUGGGAGGCUAUGGAGGAGUUAGUGGAUGCUGGGCUGGUUAAGGCCAUUGGCAUCUCCAACUUUAAUCGAGAACAAAUCGAAGCCAUCCUGAAUAAACCAGGACUCAAGUACAAACCUGCCAACAAUCAGUUCGAGUGCCACCCCUAUCUGACUCAGGAGAAGCUGAUUAACUACUGUCAGUCCAAAGGCAUUACAGUCACUGCAUACAGUCCUCUGGGUUCUCCAGACAGACCUUGGGCUAAACCUGAAGAUCCCUCACUGCUUGAUGACCCAAAAAUCAAGGCCAUUGCAGAGAAGCACAAAAAGACUACUGCCCAGGUUCUCAUCCGCUUCCACAUUCAGAGGAAUGUGAUCGUCAUCCCUAAGUCCAUCACACCUCAGCGUAUUCAAGAGAACUUUCAAGUCUUUGAUUUUGAGUUGAGUCAGGAGGACAUGAAGUCCAUUUUGGGCUUCAACAAGAAUUUCAGGGCUUGUCCAAUGCAGUGGGGUGUGAAGCACAAAGACUACCCAUUUAAUGCUGAGUAUUAAAAGAAGACAUCUUGGAGCAUGCGGUUUAAAAACAGGUUCCUUGUUUCCGAGAUUGCUGAUUUUGCCUUUGAUUAAUGUGAAAAUCUCUUCAUUUUGCUUUAAGAAACUUAGUUACUGAGAAACUUCCUUACAGAGGUACUGUGAUAUGUGAUUUGCAGGUUUGGAAUUUAAAGCAAGCCUUAUUAUAGCAGCCACUAUACUUCAAAUGAAUUUUCUUUCUUUGCCCAUAAAGUCAUAUUUGUUAAUGCUUUGACCAUUUUAAGCUGUUACUACUUUAGAACAGAUGUAAAAAGACUUGCAUUAAAUGUAUUAUGACAAAACAAUACAAAUGAAUCAUAAGGAAGUCUGAGAAACUAGUAACAUUUUU